AUGGCACCCCUCAUCCGAGUAAUCGGCUCCCUCAACGCCGACAUGGUCUCCGUGACCCCACGCUUCCCAACCCCAGGCGAAACAAUAACCUCUUCGUCUUAUUUCACAAGUGCAGGCGGCAAAGGCGCCAACCAAGCGGUUGCCUGCGGCCGCAUGUCCAGAGCCAAACCAACAGGCCCCGCACCCUCCACCAGCGAUGUCCAAGUCGAGAUGAUGGGCGCAGUCGGCGCACUAGACGGUCACUUCUCUGCACUGCUCAAGCCAACACUCGAAAGGUCCGGUGUUGACCCAUCCAGAGUUAAGAUUGUUGAGAACGCUUACACCGGUGUUGCGGUUAUCAUUGUUGAUUCGUCGGCUGGCGGCGAGAACCGCAUUGUCUUUUCACCUGGUGCAAACUAUGAGGGUAUGCAACCUACACCGGAAGUACUGGGUAUGGCACUUGUGGCACCUGUACCGGAUGUGAUUGUCAUGCAGGGUGAGAUUCCUGUUGAUACCACUGUUGGGACAUUACGGGAGAUUGCCGCAUUCAAGGCUAAGAACCGUGCUGCUGGGAAGCGCGGCAUCGAGUGCGGUCCUGAUGUUAUGCUUAACCCGGCUCCUGCGCCUCCGGGUGGCUUGCCUGAGGAUGUUUAUGCUGCUGUGGAUCAUUUGAUCUUGAAUGAGACCGAGGCAGAGCUCAUGACACCGCCUUUGGAGCAAUUGCUCCGUGUCGUUCCUGAUGCUGAGGGUCUCGAUGGCAAGGAGAUGGUUGCGCGGUACUUCCACAAGCUCGGCGUUACCUAUGUGCUUAUCACGCUAGGGGCUAAGGGUGUCUGGUACAGUGCCACGGAUGGUGGGUCUUCAGGGCCUAGUGACGGUGUGCAGCGCUUCACGAAUGAGAUCCCUGCGGCGCCUGUGUCUCGGGUAUUGGAUACCACUGCUGCCGGGGACACCUUUGCUGGAGGGUACGCUGUCAAGGUGGCGCGGUGGCGCGAGCAGCGUCGUGGGGCCGGCAAAGCCGGGCAGGACCUGGCCGAUGACGAGAAAGCAUACCGGUAUAAGACGGUGAUGGACGAGGCAAUGCGGCUGGCUGCGCGGGCCUCGGCUCGAGCGGUGGAACGUCAAGGUGCCAUGGAUAGCAUUCCGUUUGAGGAUGAGAUCUGA